GCGGAAGUGGCGGGCAUUGGAACGCACGCAAUUGUUUUGGUUCUCCCGCCGCGUUCUAUGGCCGAAUGAUGACAGCAACCAUCCAAGACCACGUGGAGUUCUUGACGGGCAGCUCCGGAGUAGAAAUUCCUCUUUGUCAGGUUGAGCCAAAUCGCGCUUCGUGCCACGAGUACGACGCAGAUGAAUGAAUGAAUCGGUUUCCGAAAAGCGACCCGGACGGAGAUCAAGGCAAAAAAGCACGCAGUCUUGGGAUGCGCGGGAGUCAGGCGAGGCCAGGGCAACGGGGGUCCCAGUUAGCAAGGAGGCAGGCGAAGGGUCCGGGCAACUUCUGUUGGUUUGGAGACGACUGAUGAGCAGGCCUGCCAGAUCCAGGGCGACCUGGUGGAAGAAGAAGCGUGCGUUGCAACCUAGGAGGUCGUGUUUUGAUUUGUGUUAUGUAAAGUCGUGACAUGUUCAGAGCGUGGGUGGGAAUUGCCUUUAAUUGCAGCGUUGCAGCCUUCUUUACUCCAUAUCAACUGCCGGCUCUUAAGCUCCGGAGAGCUCAUUCGCCAACAGAACUGAGAUUUAAGUCAGCGGCCCUUCCUUCCCCUCUUGAUGUCUCCCAUACAGAUGACUGCCCGGAUUUUCCUUUCUAACGUCAGAAUUCUCCGCUGGAGAAAGCUGCCGUACUUUGGAAGGAAAGGGGGCAACCUGGAACCUGCCAGGUUCCUGCCUCAGGGCUGGGUCCGAUCCAAAGCCUUGGCAAAGAUCACUUUAGUGUCCUGGGGAACUGAAGGGCUGUUUGGGGGUGUGCGAUGCGAAGGUGGACCCUAUAAAGGAGCCUGCGUAGAAGUAGGCAUACACAUUAAUAAUGGUGGACCUUUAAGUACUUUCCUCCGGCAUAUUGCCGCAGCCGUUUCAUUAACCAUCCGUGUCUGUCUUCUGUUGCUGAAGUUUGGCCCUUUGCUUUGGCUGUACCCACUCACCUACCUGUCUUCCGGUUUUGCAUCCUUCUGGUUCCAUCUUCUGCUAAAGGCCACAGAAUCCUCUGGCCCCACAUACAUCAAGCUGGGCCAGUGGGCAAGCACGAGGAGAGACCUCUUCUCGGAGGAGUUCUGCACCAAAUUUUCCAAACUCCACAUCAAGGUGACCCCUCAUCCCUGGGCUUACACCCACCAUUCUUUGUGCAGCGCCUUUGGGAAAGACUGGGAUCAAAUUUUCCAUUUUGAAAGCCAGGAACCCAUUGGCUCUGGCUGUGUUGCCCAGGUAUAUAAAGCCUACGUGGACAUCUCUGCCCUUGGAGAGCCGCUGCGUAAAGAUCUCUCAAAGGAUUUGGCAGGGGACUCUGCUUUGAAAGCCUGGCAGGUGUCUGGGCUCAGGGGACUCUUUAGGUGGCUCUGGAAGGAAAAGCAUGAGGAAGCUUCAACAGCAGAUGGUGCCCAUUAUUUACUGCAAGAUAAUGGUCAGCAUGGAAAUGAUAAUGGGAGCAAACAUUCUCAGGAGCAAAUGUCCAGAUAUCCCAGCAUGUUGUCGCCCUCUUCCAAAAGGAAUCAGCUUGUUCCAGUAGCCAUUAAAGUGCUACAUCCUGGAUUGGUUCAUCAGGUUGAAAUGGAUUUGUUUCUGAUGAAGGUCACUAGCCGAUUCAUUGAGCUUUUUCCUGGCCUCAAAUGGCUCAGUCCAACCGAGAUUGUGGAAGAAUUUGAGAAACUCAUGACUCAGCAGAUUGAUCUGCGCCACGAAGCGAGGAACCUUGAGCGUUUUCGCCGUAAUUUCCGAGAUGAGGAUUCUGUGAAAUUCCCCAUUCCGCUUCACCCUUUUGUCACUAGAAGCAUCCUAGUGGAGACCUUUGAGGCAGCUGAACCAGUAUCUCAGUUUCUGCGCCCCGAGGUCAAAAUGGCCCUGCGAAAGACAUUAGCCAAGAUGGGCAUAGACAUGCUGCUAAAGAUGGUGUUUGUUGAUAACUUUGUCCAUGCUGACCUGCACCCUGGGAAUAUUCUAGUCCAGGGAGCAGAGUCCUUCAGUGAUAACCUUAAAGUCUCGACUAACACGGUGGACCUAUUUGACACACUAAUUUUGGAAGUUCAGCCUUCACGUUCCCCCCUCCGAUUGGUACUUCUGGAUGCAGGAAUCAUAGCAGAGUUGCAAAGUGGUGACCUUCAGAACCUCCGGGCGGUGUUUACAGCUGUGGUACUAGGACAGGGGGAGAGAGUGGCAGAGUUAAUCCUUCAUCAUGCCCGAGCUAACCAGUGCAAGGAUGUGGAGAGAUUCAAAGCUGAAAUGGCAGCGCUGGUGAUGAACGCCAGGCACAACACUAUAGCCCUCGGAAAGUUCCAAGUAGCAAGCCUGCUGUCGAGCGUCUUCAAGUUAUUAAUGACCCACAAGGUGAAGCUGGAGAGUAACUUUGCCUCUGUCAUCUUUGCCAUUAUGGUGCUGGAAGGCCUUGGCCGCUCCCUGGACCCUGACCUGGAUAUCCUGAAAGCUGCAAAACCUCUUCUUGUGGAAUCUCCGAGUUCCCUCCUGCAGUAGCGACCAAGCUGACCUCUUGGGCUUUUUAGUGACGAACUUCAUAUAUGGUUGGUACAGAAGCUGGAAAUGGUCUAAAGAUGGACGGCUUUGCUGAGCCCCAUUACUCAGCUUAUUCAUAUCCAGAUAGGCAGAGUUCUGGUGCUAAAACCUUCCCACCGGAUCUAAAUGCCCGAAUGUAAUCCUUUUUUAAAUUUUUAUAGAUUUUUUUUUAUUUUUAUAGAAAUGAAUUAGCAGAACGAAAAAAACCCAGAAUCGAAUCAAUAGUUACAGUUGCUUCUAAAGACUAAGAGAGAAAGCAAAAUGAUACAUAUUAUACAAACAUCUAUAAACAAUUACUAAUUUAAAAUAUAUAAUAAACAUUGAUGAAUGGUUACGAUGAUAAAUGUCUAGAUUUUUUUCACAAAAUAAAAAAUUGGCAUUUU